AUGGGGAACCUGCCCCCGCAAACAGUCGGGGGCGGCAUCGACCUAGACGUGGAGUUGCUGAAGAUCGCCUCUGCAAACGAGGCCUUUGCCAUCGACCAAAGCGCCUUCGUGAUGCUGCUCCGCAUGAACCCGGUGAACGAGUCGCAGGCGCUAGAGGCCUUCAUGCGGCUGUCUGCCAGUGGUGACCAGAUCACCGCGGAGGACUGCCGCACCGGCCUCUUCCAGAUCGUGCAAAGCGUAGGAGGCGAAGGCCUUGUAGAGAAGAGCGAGCAGAUCAUCGACGCGGUGAUGGUGGAUGCAGGGCUGCAGGUCUCCAUGGAGCAAUGGGUGGGCUACAGCAAGACGGCCGGGAGUUUGCUGCCUGAGAGCGAUGCACAGCGGUGGCCGUCGGAUGCACAGCUUCCGAAGUCAGGCACGGAGAAGCAGCGGGGGCUUUUGAACGAGUUCUCGCGCCGCGAUCAGCACUUCACUGAGGAGUAUCAGAAAAACAAGCCGCUUUGCUUCAGCGCCAAGACGUACCAGAGGACGCAUCCCAGGAAGACGAGCCUUGGCCACAAGGACGCCGAUGCGACGCUGGCAUCUCCCAUGGUCUUGGGCGUAGCGGAUGGCGUGUCCCAGCUAGAGGAGUUCGGCAUGGAUGCCUCCGAGCUGCCCAGGGAGCUGCUGAGAGUCUGCGAGGACCUGGGCAUGAACCAGCUCAUCCCCGAUCGCCCGGCAAAUCCUCAGGAUGCUUACCGCGGCCCCGUGUCGUUGCUCAAGGAGGCCUACGAGGAGACUGAGAGUCUGGGCUCCACCACCAUCCUGCUGGCGGUCCUGGACAACAGCACCCGGAUCCACGGGAAGCUACAUCCCAUGGUGGCCGUGCUGACCAUAGGGGACUGCGAGCUGCUUAUGCUGCGCAGACUGGAUGGUCGGCAGUCCCCGCUGCAGGCCGUCUUUCACACCGAGAUGCAGAGGAUAGAUGGCCACUCCCAGACGCCUCUGCAGCUGGCCAGAGUGGACGACCGGGUGGAUCCGGACUUCGACGAGGAGUUGGCUCUGGAGGUCAUCGAGAGGGGCAGUGCUGUGCACUGCGUCUCGGCCUACGAGGGGGACAUCAUCGUCUUGGGCAGUGAUGGCAUCUUUGACAACCUCUAUCUUGAAGAGAUCGUGGAGAUUGUCAACGAGACUCUUCCCAUGCCCAAGCCAGGACCCUUCGUGGCGACCCAGCCGGUGCUGCUGAGCCAACUCGCGCGGCGUUUGGUGGACGAGGCCCACGCCAAGAGUGAGGUGGGCCCCCAGGGCCUGCCGGACACACCCAUCGGCCUGGGGGGCAAGAUGGACGACACCUCCGUGGUGGUGGGUGAGGUGGUGGAGUGGACCAAGGCUCACAGCGAAGUCUGGGCGCAGGUUCGCAAGCAAAGUCAGUGGCGGGGCCUGACCUGCCCGACUACCUGCCGAUCCUGCCGCCCGGGCGAGGACAGUGGCAGCGAGCAUGAGCUGGACAUCAGCAAUGAACGAGGCGACCGCUUCCGCUCUUCAUCCAUGUCGGUGGAUGAGUCUGAUGAUGAGGGAAGAUGCGCAGUGCAAUGA